AUGGUUGCUCAGGGAGCCGUGCUCUCCGGUGCUCGAGGGCCGGAUAUCGACAUUGACCCGGCCAGUACCACAGCCGAUCAGGCGGCAAAUGAUCCGAGAAACUUCCGGAUCGAGGGGCCUGGUAUCAAGGCGACAACGAUUCAUCGCCCUGACCAGAUGCCUGAAAGGGGUAUUGACUCCAUUGCGCCGAUCGUGCAGUAUGAAAUGACGUCCGUCCCGAUUGCACUGACGGACUUCGUCAUCCCGGGACUCAACAUGGGCAUCGAUGAUUCCGUCCAUGGUCGACUGGUCUCCGCGACCUGUCUCCCACCGACUGACGAACAGCGCAAGUAUUCGAGGCGCCGAUUCGCUAUGCUAUCCUCGACUCAGACGGUGUACUUGAACGUGGCACUUCACAAGAAACCGGUCAAAGGAGAUCACGAUUCUUUCCUCCGACCGGAGUCUUACGAGGAUUGCCGCGAGAUUAAUGACGCUGUCCGGGCAUACAAUGCUAAGGAGGCAAAGUUCCGAUCUGUCGGCGGAACAUCCGUGUCAUGCAGCCGAUUGUUGAUUGACGACGCACAAAACAUCCCUGCCGCCAGGAUUCCGGACGCAGGAAUGAUCAAUUCGGUGCGGAAACUGAUGUUCCGAGUGCUGACGCAAACGAAGGAGUACCCUUCCGCUACUGCCGUGAGAGCGCAGAAUCGCCCCCAGGAUCAAGAAAGGGGCAUUCCCUUGUAUUCACACUUCGACCAGAGUGGCAUCAUCGCUUUCGGUGUCAUUCCGAUGUACAUGGAGCGUGAGAGGGAAUACAUGAAGGCCAACGCCGGAGAAAACGAUGGCCGAAUUCUUCUCCAGACAAAUAUUCUGGAUGAUCACGGUGAACCGACCGAGCUUACUACCCAAUGCAUCAUGGAGAUCGCUCGGAAGGACAACAACCGAAUGUUUGAGUUCUUCUACUCGACGAUCGAAAACGAUGGAAGUCCUCAAUUUGUUGGCAUCCGAGCCACCUACGGUUUCGGCCCUGAUAAUUUCAGCCGAUUCCGACUGCUGACCAAGUGUCAGCACGGGCCAUUUAUUCAGCUCGCUCAGGACCAUUAUGUCGGUGGCGAGAGGAAAAGAAAUGUGGCCCGAUACCAUCCUCAGUACGGAUGGGGAUGCGCAACGAUUCGCGAAUUCUUCGGGUACAUGAGCGAUUGCAAGAUCAAUCCUCCGAAAGGACGGCUGUUCCUCACUCUGCUCCCGUAUGCUCCCGGAUCUGGGCACAACAAUGAGUGGGAAGAGGUGUACAUGAACGUCCGAAUGAACCCGGGGCGUGAGACGCUUUCGAACACCGCGUCAUCACAAUCCAUGCUCCCUGAAGGGAUGGGAUCCAACCGCAUGAUCGUGUUUGCGAUUGAUUUGCACAUGAUUGCGGCGGGAAUCAAUCCGAUUGUAUUCCACCCGAGGGGAUAUUAUGCGGUCAAAGACAGUAUCCCUCUCGCCUGUAUGCCCAUUGCAUACUUCAUGGACACGGGAUCCCUAGUGUUCAACACGGCCUUCAAAUACACUGGAGGUCCGAAGUUUGGCACUGGCCCCAAGAGAGGAGACCACAAACGAGAAACGUGGCCACUCGCUAGUUUUGACUGCCCCAUGUGCGGAGCAUCAUUCCCGGUAGGUCUCCACAUGUGCCACUCUUGCACCAAGCCGAUUCACUAUCCUGAUGGGAUGUUCUACGCCGAUCCUGUGAACCCCUUUCAGGUCGAGUACUAUGGAAGUCAUGCCGAGUGGCUCAACGAGCUCAUCGAGCGAAACGAGCUUAAGGAAUUCCGACUUCACGAGUACCCUGCGAUCAAGCAGCUGAGGAAUUUCCCGGUGUCUAGGUCCCUCGCUGAGGACCACAGGCAAACCGCAUUCUUCGGGGUGCCACCGAUCAAAUGCACUGCAGCUGAUACAUCGCCGAAAGAAGUGGAAUGGUUCAAGAAGAGCGUGCGCGGAACGAUUCAAGGCGCCAUUCGAUUGGACAUUUCCAUUGAGAGGCUUGUUGCCGGUAUCACUGGCAAGGAAGCUCGGUGCGGUGUGGAAGAGUUCCUCAACUCGCAAUCGAUCGCCUGUGCAAUCACGAUAGUCAAGCACUUCGGAGCGGUCUUCGCCACAUGCCGCGAAAAGCCGCUGUGCUACUAUGCACGAUGGUCGAUUCACUGUCAACGCGCAUACCGAGUCUGCCUGUCGCGCGGCUAUCUCUCCCCCUUUUACACAGGGGGGACGAUCGAUUAUACCGUCGAUUCAGACAUGGUCGAGAAAAUCCGGCUUGCGCAUCUGCGAUUGCAGAACGCCAAUCUGGCGAUGAGACGGCAAAUUCGACUUUCCACCGAGUUUGGAACAUUGGAUGAGUUCCGCGCCACUAUCACGGAUACGCAGAAGUAUCAGCGAUACAUGCGUGUCGAUAGUGAAAGCCUUUCCACGCUCCUGGCCAAGGUUACCCUUACAACGUGCUACGGCAUUCCGAUGAAAGGUGAACCUGGCUACAUCUCCGACGAUGAAGCAGAGGAGAUCGAAGGAACUGCAGCGGCAACUGAGAAGCCCAAAGGGAAAGGCAAAGGGGAAGAAGAACCCGACGUCCAAGCCAUCAACUGGCGUGAUUUGGACCCUUUGGAGCGGAAGUUCAUCCCGCACCAUACUGAUCCCCGAUUCACGAUUAUCGCUGAGGGGAAUACGGCACUCCUUGAUGCCCCUGAAACGCCUGAUGAGACGCGUAAGGAAUUCAAGGAGUUCAUUCGCGAUCACUCUGCCAAGAUAAAGGAAUGGUUCGACGAUGAUCGCGCACGACGGCGUGAUGAUACGCCUCAGCGCAGAGUGCAGGCCACCGAGCAACGGCAAGCGUCGAUUCCCGAGGCUCAUGCCGUCCCCGUUCCUCCGGAUGACGAGGACGAGGAUGAUGCUGAGCUAGAACGGGCGAUCCGACCCGGACCGACGUCACAACGCACUGGACGAGAGCAUCUCGGAGGUGUCGCUCCUGAGACGACUCCGCCCCCGCCUCGCGAGAUGCCGCCUCCAUCAAAUCCACCGAGUCGGAAGAUGUCGAGGCAAUCGGGCUACAAUGUUCCCCACGCUGAAGGGGAGACACUGAUGGUCUCAGGAAGGGCACCCUACUCCGAUCAAAUGGGUCUACCCUUGGUACUGCGAAUGAAGACCCGGGUUCCGGAACCUGAUUUGGACAACCCGACGAUUGAAGAUAUUAUUCGCAUGUAUCACGCACCGAACACGCUGCCUGUUGUCAGGAAGAAAGCCGCCAAUGUCAUCGUUUCGAUGAAUGCAAAUCCCGAUGACCCUAUCAAUAUGAAGGCGGCUGGCGUGAUUGCUCCCUCUGCCGAGGAAACAGGAGCGGGAAGAACCGCCUCGCCUGGAGGCACAUCCGCUACUACGCAGGAACGGAUCAACCCCAAGUUCCCUGCACCGAGUGUUCGCACUGCUUCGAACCCACCUUCGAAAUCAGCCCGCGACGAGAAAUGGGCUCCUUCGAUUGUGCGACCAACCCCUGGUCGGUUGAUUACAAGUGCAGAGGCGCGGGGACCCACGAUCUCGCACGAUGGGCCCGGCCAAAGAAACAACGGCCAAAGGCAAAUCCCGAACUGGCUCAAACGUGGCAGGCCUCAUCGAUGA